AUGGAGAAUGCUAAUACAACCGAAGUGACAGAAUUUGUUCUCUUGGCCUUUUCCAACUUUCAUCAUUUGCAAGGAUUGUUUUUCUUCAUAAUCCUAAUGAUGUUCAUUGUAUCAGUCACCGGGAAUUUAGCAAUUAUUCUUCUGGUACAGUCUGAGCCCUCCCUUCAUACCCCUAUGUACUUUUUCAUAAGCGUAUUUGCGGCAUUGGAGAUUUCCUUUGUGUCUGCCACAAUUCCCAAGCUUCUCGCUAACCUCGUUGGAGCCAGCAGAACUAUAUCUUUCGUUGGUUGCUUUGUCCAGUUGUACGCGUUUAACGCAUUGGGGGUCACUGAAUGCUACCUGCUUGCUGUCAUGGCUGUCGAUCGAGACCUGGCAAUCAACAACCCCCUUAGAUAUGAAGCAAUUAUGAGCCACACAUUUUGCAUUGUUCUGUCUGUGUUUCCAUGGAUAAUAAGCUUUGUCAUUGCAUUCAUUCCCACAAUCAUUACAGCUAAGCUGGACUUCUGUGGACCCAACGAGGUUGAUCAUUUCUUCUGUGACUUAGCUCCGAUACAGAACCUGGCUUGUUCCAAUCCCUUUAUUAGCAAUAUCAGCACCAGCAUUGCAGCUGUCUUUGCUAGUCUAACCCCAUUUAUCUGUAUCAUUACCUGUUAUAGCCAUAUUAUUAUCACUAUUAUAAAGAUUAAGAACCUAGAAGGCAAACAGAAAGCAUUUUCUACUUGUUCGUCUCAUCUCAUAGUAGUUGGUCUAUUCUAUGGCACAGUUAUCAUAGUGUACCUAAGACCUAAAGGCAGUCAUUAUGAUAAAUUUCUAGCCCUUGUCUACACUGCCAUCAUUCCAAUGCUCAACCCAUUUAUUUAUUCCUUGAGAAACCAAUAUAUGAAGAAUGCUAUUAGGAAACUGAGUAUAAUUAGUGUUUUUUAA